AUGGAGCCACAGUCGGUCGUGUCCGCAACUCGAAACCUGCAGGACUUGAUCGGGCGACGCAGGGCUAUCAACGAAAGGAUAGCGUCGGAAAUCCAACGAGCAGGCACCCAGAUACAAAGUCUCAAAGAAGGGUUGGGGUCCGUUGAAACACAGCACAGAGAGGUGCUCGUCCUCGAUGACCAGAUUCGCCGGAAGGAGGAGCAGCGAGACCGUGAAGUGUCGGGGUCCCAUCUCAAGCUUGAAAUCUGGGAACUCAUGGAUGAAUACGCCUACGGCUUUUCGGACGCUGGUGAGGCCAGCCCGCUCAGUUAUAUCCUGCUACGAGUCGCCCACGAAGGGAACACCGUCCAGGGGGCCAAGACUGGCAUGGUCAAUUUAGCGCGCAAGACGGACCUCCUGCAUACCUUUGCACAACACAACUUGACUCUGGCCGGCCGGGUGGAAUACACUCUUUGGUACCGCGAGCCGGAACUCGCUCGCAUCCACUUGAUAGUGGUCGAGGCCGAUCCCGACAAGGACGACGAGCAGGCAGAGACGCGGGCUAUAGCUUACAUGCUCAUGGUUCAAGAAUCCCAUUGGCAGGACUGCGACAUGCUGACCGUGGUCUACGGUCUGGUCCACAAUGAGAACCGCUGUAGCUUUACGUUCCUUCGCCUGAACGCGACGAGGAAGGUUCAACGCGUGACCGAAUGUUGGGAUUCCUUUCCGUCAACCCAGGACUCCAGGAUCAUAUCAAUCCUGUGGAAUAUCUUCGGGGAAGCGCGCAUGUAUGAUGAUAGCUCGGUGGAUCCAGACUAUGAGGAUAGUUUCCGGGACCCUAACUCUGAGGGAUCUUCUACUUGCACUGGGGGGGAUGAGGAAGACUUGACCUUAAGUGACUGCCGAUAG